UAUUGUUUGGAGCAGCGAUUGGUUGUGGCUUUCAUUGUGGAUCUCGUGAACUGUUAUUCAUCUGAAAACACAUAAAAGACUUGAGUUCUCGACAAAUGAAAGUCAUUGUCGUUCUCGACCUCAACUGAACAACACAUCAACGAUGGCGUCAACUCUCGCUCACAAGAAUGGCAUCACAAGUGCUAACGACAAGUCGACGACAGGAGGCGGCGACGACUGGAAGGCGCAGUUGAAGGCGCCGCCGAAGGACACGCGCGUCCAGACCACGGAUGUG